AUGUCUACUGUUUGGCUUCAAGUUGGACAAUGUGGCAACCAGAUAGCUCAGGAGUUGUGGCACAUCCUAGGCCUCGUAAACGGGUCCUGUGGAAAAAUAGAUAGGAAUCCCUUCUGCUCCCUGGAUGGAAAGCUCAGUGCUAUCUGUGUGGACAGUGAAUCCAAAGUGAUAAAGAAAAUGCAGAAACAAGUGAAGAAAGGUUUAUUCCGGGAAUCGAAUCUAAUAAUUGGAAAACAGGGAAGAGGGAAGAAUUGGGCAUGUGGCUACUACAAUAAGCCUUUGAAUUGUGAAGACAGCCUUCUGUACAAGACGAUGGAGAGGCUUCGGAAGGAAGUGGAACUCCGGGAUUGCUAUAGUGGGACCGUGCUUUUUCACAGCCUAAGUGGUGGCACAGGAGCAGGUCUUGGCUCUCAUCUUUGUGAAGAAAUCAGAGAUGAGUAUCCCUUAGGACAGAUUCUGUCUGUGACGGUGGCCCCUUAUCAGACUGGCGAGUGCCCUCUUCAACAUUACAACAUUCUGUUGUGCCUUUCUUGGCUUCAGAGGUACACAGAUGGCAUCUUCCUGUUCCACAAUGAUGAUGUCCUGAGGAGAACAAUAGCCAGCAUGGGGAAAAAGAAUAUGCGGGAGCCCAGGGUGUCCCUGUCUAGCAUGAACACCUAUAUUGCAGAUUGUGUGGCAGGACUCUUGUACCCUGUCAGCAAUUUCCAGCCGACCAGUGGUCUGAACAUAGGAGUAGAACCCUGGGAGUUGCUGCGGUCUGUCUGCCCUAUGCCAACCAUGAAAUUUCUGCAUGUCGCUCAAACCAGUACCAGAGGCCAGGUGUUUUGGGACAGCAUGGUCUCAUCCGUGACGCGCUUCUUGGCUCCUGAGUCAAGUACCGGUCGCCCUCAUUAUAGUACUUCACUGCUGUCUGUGGCCCGCAGUAACCACUGCUCCUUGAUCCAACCUCAGAGCUCUGCAAUGAAGAGGCUGCAGCGAGCCUAUGGCUGUGUAUCCUGGAACCCAUUCCCUCUCUCUCUUUGGACAGCUUCCUAUGACAUGAGGGAUCUGACUGGUCAGAAGCACUCACUUACUGUCUGUGCCAACCAUAGCAGCAUCAUAGACCUGCUGAAACACACACUGGAGAAAGCACAAAAAAUGUACUCAGCCAAGGCAUAUACCCACUGGUACAAGCAAUAUGGCUGUGAGGGGAAAGAUUUCGAGCAGGCUUUUGAUACUCUCUCCUCGGUGAAAGCUGAGUAUUACAGCGCAGGAGAAUGAGUGACAAUUCUCAGAGAAGCCUUGUGCAGCGUUGGAUGUCCCAUUGAAUGGACUGAACUGAAGCCAGAGGGUUAAAUGAUUCCCAUAGGUUAAAUGAUUCCCCAGAUCUCAAAGAAAGCUCCUGAUUUCCACCCAUCUUGGAAAAAAAGUACCCAUUCUUCUUCUGCUUUUAAUAGCUCAGAAAGGAAAUGACUACUUCA